GGCAGCACUGGCUAUAGAACAGAUUCUGUUUUGUUAAGGAUUCCUAUAGAUUCCUUCCAUUCCCUAAAUCUUAUUUUUGCCUGCUAGGAUCGGUGAACUGCACCCAUGUCUUCUAAAUUUUGGAAGUGUGUGCUAAUAUCUCCAGUUUAGGAAGGAAACAACCAAGGGAGCAGGCCCUGGGAUGAAAGGACCGUUCCUUCCCCAGUGCUAAGCAGAGCCACUGGAAAUGUCAUCCAAAAGAGCCAAGAGAAAUGUGGCCCAGAGGAAGCCCUUGAAGGCCCAGGUGCCAAGCGGGAUAGAGACAAAAGAGGCCAAACCCACUCUCCGUGGAAACAGGCACAAAGGCACCACCCUGCUCCAGAAAACCUUCCUAGGGAAGACACCCAGUGUCUGUGCCGAAUGCGGGAAAAGCUUCCGAAAGAGCUCAGAGCUGGUCUGCCACCAAGGGGCCCCCAAGAAAGAGAAGGCCUAUCAGUGCCUCCAAUGUUGGAAGGCCUUCUGCAGGAGCUCCACUUUCAGGAGACGCCAGCAGCUGCAUUUAGACAAGGAGCCCUGCGAGUGCAUGGACUGUGGAGAAAGAUUUCCCGACAGCUUGGCUUUGGCCCAGCACCAGCAGACCCAGGUGGACCUCCAGCCUUGUCAGUGCAUCGAUUGCGGGAAAACGUUCAGCCUUGGUUCCUAUCCCUAUCAAUGCCCCAAGAGCCCCCUGGAAAAGCAGCAAUCCAGGAGCAGUCAGUAUGACAAGGCUGGCCGUGGUUCAAGUGCCAGCAGGGAAACCAAAGGUGGGAAGGCUCCACAGACAUUUGCUCUGGAGACCCCCCACACGUGUGCGGAAUGCUGGCAGAGCUUCAGCCAGACCUCGGACCUGGUCAAGCACAUGCGCAUCCACACGGGGGAGAAGCCCUACGCGUGCAACCACUGUGGCAAGCGCUUCAACGUCAGCUCCAACCUCAUCCGGCACAAGAGGAUCCACACAGGGGAGAAGCCCUACGCCUGCCCUGUCUGUGGGAAGAGCUUCACCGACAAAUCCACCCUCACCCAGCAUAACCGCAUCCACACGGGAGAGAAACCGUACACCUGUAGCUACUGCGGGAAAAGCUUCAGCCGGAGCUCCCACCACAAGAGGCACCAGCGGAUCCAUGUGGAAGAGCAUGCAGAGAGGGCAUGCUACGGAUCCCAUCUGUUAAAGAGUUUCACCUGGCGGGAUUGCAGAAGUGUGCCUUCUCUGCAAUAG